UGAACUAAAACGAGUCAAAAUUAUUUACACGGGUAUGUUUGGGAGAAUACAUAAAAUACAGCGACUGAGGUUGUAAAUAUAUUUAUUUUAUCUGAGUAGAUCGAUCUCUUUGAACGAGGGAAGACAGAACACAGAAGAACGACAAAGUGAGAAACCCUAAGUCUGGUCCUGUGCAAAGCAGUGGUUGCUUGCUGCUUUUGAGAGAGAUUCGAGAAUGUAUGGAAGAUCUGGUCUUGACAGGUUUAAAAAGUCCCAAACUUUGCAACCUUUCUCUGUAUCGUCAUCAAACCCUCCUCCAGUGGUUCAUCAACAUUUGGCGGAGAAAACUCAGAUUGGAGCUGGUCAAUCAACGUGGCAUCCACCUGACUGGGCGAUUGAGCCUCGUCCCGGUGUCUACUCUCUAGAAGUUUUAAAAGACGGCCAGAUCCUCGAUCGGAUUCAUCUAGAUAGACGAAGACACAUCUUCGGGAGACAACAUCAGACUUGUGACUUUGUUCUUGAUCACCAGUCUGUUUCUCGCCAGCACGCAGCCGUUGUUCAUCACAAGAACGGUAGCAUCUUUGUGAUUGACUUGGGAUCAGCUCAUGGUACGUUUGUUGCUAACGAGAGGUUGACUAAAAGUAAUCCUGUAGAGCUUGAAGUGGGUCAGUCCUUACGGUUUGCUGCUUCUACAAGAAUCUACCUUUUGAGAAAGAACAGUGAAGCUCUCUUUACUCGCCCUCCACCUCCUGACCAGAUUAAGCUUCCUCCUCCUCCUGAUCCUUCUGAUGAGGAAGCUGUUGUUGCCUACAAUACUUUGUUGAAUCGGUACUGUUUAAGCGAUGGAGAGUCGGGUUGUAUGUUAGGGAAAAGGAAAGAGGAGGCUGCUUCAGAAGAAGCGGGUGUGGCUAAGAGGAUGAAGAAGAUGAGGGUGAGCUUCAAGGAUCAGUUAGGUGGAGAGCUGGCUGAGGUUGUUGGGAUGUCAGAUGGAGCUGACGUGGAAACAGAGCCUGGUCCUAUUAAUGUCAAAGAAGGAAGUCUCGUUGGGAAAUAUGAAUCACUUGUGCAAGUGACAUUGAUACCUAAAGGCCAAGGGAAUAAAUCUUUUACUACAGGAACCAGAGGUGUAACUGAUCGACUUCAGGAAGCUAUGACGUUGUUAAAAGGAGGUCCAAAAAGAGGGAUUUAUGAUGAUCUUUAUGGUGGUGACUCACUUGCCAAGGCUGUUGGCACGCCAUGGGCUUCUGUGAGUGAUUCAGCAGCUAAAGAUAAAGAAGAAACUGAAUGCAGAAGAGGGGUUGGUGAAGAAGAUGAUAACGACGAUCUGUUUGGUGACUGACUGAUUUUGAAAACGAGAGAUUUAUGAAGCUUCUUCUUCUUCUCUAAUGUCUACAUCCCAUUCCAGGGCAUUGAGUGAUAUGGAUCGGAGCUGAGUGUAGAUGAGUUGGUCGAGUUUGAUGCUUUGAAACAUGACUACAAGGUUGAUCGGCACUUGAAAAACCUGCGGAAGAAGAUAAGUUCAACCUCGAAAGAGCUGAAAUCGAGGUCUGUAGCUGUGAGGAAUGGAAGACUUACUUGAAUAAGCAUCAGAAGGACAGUAUAUUUCAGAGGUUGCUAUGAGAGACUACACCAUGAGUAUGUCGGGAAAUUUCAGGAAUUGAUGGGAAGGAACAUGGUUAGGCCUGGAGAACAUUGGUCAGAUACGUUGAUGAGACGGGCAGAGGAAGCAACGUUGGUGGUUACUCAGAGUAGAGAGGAAUAGCAGAGAUUAGGUGUUGCAGAGAGCAAUUGGAUUGGUAAGGAGAAGCUAUAAAAGUCAGAAGAAGAGGACGAAGAAGGAGAGGGAGAGGAGGAGUCAGAAGUGAAAAAAUCUACAGAAGCUAGCUCAAGCCUUGAAGAGGUAAUUUGUUUUGGUUGAAAGAUUGUUCUUGAAAUCACUAUGUAACACUAGUGGAAUUGGUUAGUGUAAUCAAAUGAUUUUAGUACUGUAGUGGUUUUUGUUUCUAACUAGUUUAGUGUAUUCUUUCAGUCGAUGUGAAUUUUCAUU